AUGAUGUCCAUUCUCUCGCUACUCUUCCUCCCUCUCUUUCACAACCUCGCCCAUGCAGGCACCAUCUACCACAGCAACUUCACCUCUUCCCUAUCCCCCUUCUCCGCUUGCAAUGUAGAAUCUCCAUCCUACUCCACCGCCACCGGCGGCAACCUGACCGUCUACUUCGACGAGUCCUACUACGACGGCACCCGCGAUCGCAAAGGCGCCGAGAUCUGCGUCUUUGAGGACGGCACCAGCACCAACGUGCGCCAAAUGACCAAGGAAGGCUGGCAGGGCUUUUCUAUCUAUGUGCCGUCGGACACGUACCCGACGGACAAGAGCGCCAUCAUUGCGCAGCAGUUCUGCCCCGGCGGGUGCUCCUCGUGGUGUGGCACCGUCGAGAUCGUGAAUAAUACUCUGCAGACUACGCACCGCGCGGCUUGUUCUACUGGUACGACGGCGACUCUUGUGGAUGAUAUUGAGAGAGAUGUUUGGCAUAGUGUCGUGGUGCAUAUGCGCGUGUCGGAGGAAAGUGAUGGGGCUUAUGAGGUUUGGUGGGACGGGGAGCAGGUGUAUAGUGUGGAGGAUAUUGAUGUGGGAUUUGGGACUUGGGAUGAUAAUGAUACGUUGACCACCGGGUGGUAUUUUAAGAAUGGGGAGUAUUGCUUCGAUGUCGACGCAUACACUAAUGCGACUAGGACGCUCUACUUUGAUAACAUCACUUGGUAUGAGACUGAUGAUGGGAGUGAUGAUGGGUAUGAGACGGUCGCCUACACCGGGGCGGAAGUCAUCGCAACCCUAGCCGCAAUCGAAGACCCCAACUCCAACUCAACUCCCUACAUCCACCUCGACAACGAAACUACCAACCCCGAUGACCCCGGACUCACCACCACCACAACUCCCAAGCCAAUAACCAGCGACCUCCGCACAGCAAUCAACCACCUCCUCACCCUCGGCGGCGGCGGUAUCUUCUCAACCUUCCGCGGAUUCCGAAUGUAUCUCGCCUUCAUCUGGCUAGAUGCAGGCUUAGCCCUCUUAAUCCCAACAUUUAUCCCUGUUCCCAUCCACAUGGGCCUCGUCUCUUUCAUGACCGUCUUUAUCGGCAGAAUGUUCCUUGCUACAUGGCAAAUGGCAUGGGUUCAUGUAGUCAUUGCUGAUAAAUCCCCUAUCGUCAGCUAUCGACGAAUGCUGGGCUAUCAGCAUUGGAGAAGAAUCGCUCCUGUUGCUGUUCUGCAUAAUGUUGUCAUGUCUGUGACUUAUUCGCUGAACCUGGCUUCCUCUAGGGUUGUUGGGAGGGUUAUUUGGGUCAUUCUUGGUGGUGAGCAUGGGAAGGGGUCGAGUGGUGGAAGUGCAGAGGGAGGGAUUGGCGUUGUUCUCCUGAUGAUGUUCUUUUUAUUGGUUACUGUUCCUAUUAAGGCGAUAUUCACUCGUGUGGCUGCUUCGAUGUUGCCUGAGGGACUUGAUCCGAUUGUGCCGUUUGAUCGGCGGUUUGGUGGUAAGGUGAUAUCGGAGGGUGGGGCCGAGACUCUGGGUAUCAUGGAGGCGUGGACGACGUUUGAAUGGUCUGCUCGAGUUCGAUAUUUUAAGGUUUUUCUCAAGGCGCUUGCUCUUGAAGUCGCGCUGGGUGUUCUUGGAGGUCUCUUGGUUAUUGGGGAGUUGAAGUGGCUGCUUUACUCUCACUGA